UUCUUGCAAUUCUGAGUAAUAGCCCAGAGUGAAGAUGUCCUCCGCCACACGUCCAAACUGCAUCACGGUGUAGUCAGCUGAAAACACACCAACAAACAAUCACAACAGUGCAUCUGGAAACCUACCAACAAUCUGGCAAACCUACCAGUGACAACUGCCAUCUAGUGACAAUUUUACACAACUCAGAUCUUUUCUCCUACUCCGUGGUCACUGUGGCUCUUGCUGACAUUAAAAUGAUAGCUCAGAAAUGAAAACUCUAUCAUCAUUUACACAUCCUCGGGACAUUUGUCUACUGCUAUCAUACAUGGACAGUAAAUAAUCACUAAAUAUCGGUGCACUGCACAUAUGUAAUCAGUGCAAGAGUUGUCACUGCAUUCUGAAAUUAUGAAUGUACAUUCAACCAAAUUAAGCAUGCAAGUCAGUUACAAACUAACUAGUAGUUGCUAAUCCCUAAAUAUAAAAUGCAUGCUCUAAUUUAAGUAAGACUUCAUGCUGAGCAGGUGCAGCCACACUAUGUGAACAUUUCCUGGUUGUUAUUCACUGUAAUAUGACAUCCUUGAGGGAGGAGUUGAUAAAUCUUCUACGUAAACGAAAGUUAAGUAAAAGAAAUGAAAGGGUUGGGUGUGGUGGGGAAAGGUAAAGGAGGUUUCACAGCAUUUCCAGUAAGUAAGUAAAUGUACUGAGUUUUAGAAGUAAAGCAGCUAUUACUAUUACUACAAUUUCAGUUGAAACUUCUAUUGGCUGAGAACUGACUUCAGUCAUGGCGGACGCUCUGUCCUUCCUUGAAGAGGAUUUGACAUGCCUCAUCUGUUGUGAUAUCUUCACCGAUCCGGUCACUCUGAAAUGUAGCCACAGUUUGUGUGAGAAAUGCCUCCAGUGCUUCUGGACGACUCAGGACGUGCCGCAGUGUCCGGUCUGUCGGAAGGAAUGCUCUCACGACGAGCCCACCAAGAGCCUGGCGUUCAGAGCGCUCUGUGAGUCCUUCAAGAAGAGAAAACCCACAGCUGUUUCAGGAGACGUUUGUCCAGAACAUAAAGAGGCACUCAAACUCUUCUGCUUCGAGGACCAGCAGCCCAUCUGUGUGGUCUGUUACACAUCAAAGAAGCAUGAAAAUCACAAGUGUUCGCCUGUCGACGAGGCUGCUGGGAAUUUAAAGGACGAUCUCAAGACACAAAUGGACAGACUUCAGGCGACACUCGCUGACCUCAAGAAAGCUCAAGAGAACUGUGUGAAACAGGCUGAGCUCAUUAAGGAACACACUAGUAUGGAUGAAAACCAGAUCAAGGAGGAAUUUGAGAAGCUCCAUCAGUUUCUUAGAGAUGAGGAGGAGAAACACAUCAGAUCCUUGCAUAAAGAAAUUAAACUUCUAGAUGAGAAACUCAAGACCAGAAUGAAGGAGUUGUCCGCACAGAUAUCAGAUCUGUCUGAGAAUAUGGCAGCCGUCUGGCAAGAUAUGGAAGAAGAAAACAUCACAUUUCUCCAGAAUUACAGCGAUACAGUAAAAAGACUCCAACACCCAUCAGUACCAAACACAACCCCUGAACUACAGGAACAUCAACACUAUCCCAUUCAGACAAUGAUCUUCACCACCUGGGCCAGAAUGCAGAACCUUGUUGAACAGCCUCCUGUGACUCUGGAUCCAGACACAGCCUCCAAUAAACUGCUGGUGUCAGAGGAUUACACCAGUGUUGAGUACUUAGAAAUGAAAAUUAUUAUGUAUGAUAAUCCAGAAAGGCUGUAUGUGGGAGUGCUGGCCUCACAGGGCUUCAGCUCAGGUGUGCACUGCUGGGAUGUAGAGGUAAGAGACAAUGACCACUGGACACUGGGAGUGGUGGGGGAAACGGUGAACCGCAAAAGACUUUACAAAAUGGAUCCAAAGAGUCAUUUUUGGUGUUUACGUUACGUGAAUGGUACAUACAAGAAAGGAAAUAAACCUGUCAGUGAUAUUGAUAGCAAUGAAAGGCCAAAUAUCAUCCGACUGCAGCUGGACUAUGAUGAAGGAGAGCUGAUAUUCACUGAACCCUUAAGAAACAGAAUUUUGUGCACCUACACGGGUGGAUUUCCAGAGAGGGUGUUCCCAUAUUUCUGUACUGGAGAUGUAGACACACCACUUAAUGUUUUCCCGGCAAAUAAACAAAAACUGUGAACACCAACUAAUGUUUUUUUUUAAACACGUGUUUUGUGCACGUGCCAAGAUAAUAAUCAAAAGGAAUGACGUUCAUGCAGUGUGACUUGAAUGUGAACAUAAUUCUUGGGGCCGCUGUAUGUCAACUUAUAUGGCUAUGCGAUUAUUUAAUCAUGCAAUGUUUAAGUAUAUAGGGUGAUGUAUUAACGCAAAGUUUAAUGUGAUUAUCAAUGUAAAAAACAAUAAAGAAUAUUUGGUGUACCUAUGUGAUAUUAUUGAAGUGAAAUACGGUUCAGGGUCAUGUGCUCAACCUCGUCAGGUGGUGUUGAUGUUCCAGUGGAAUUCCUCCUGAUUGUAUUGUGGAGGAUGAUACACACCUGCAAUAUGAAGACAAUUAAACCAUGAGCUGUCAGAAAUGUGCCUACCUGAGGGUGUAUGUUGGCAUAAUCAGCUUCAUAUUCUCCAAGGCCUGCAGUUUGUGCAGCUUAUUUAUCCAAUGACUGUAAGGAAUCUUUUAAAACAUUAAAGCAUAUGUUA